AUGAUGAGAUCAAUACCCUCAAAAUUAUCUUUAGGAAGAGCCGUUGUUGUUCGAGGAUUGAGGGAUAUGGGGAUCAGGUUUGGGUUGGGGAAGGGCGAAGACGGGCUUGAGCCGCUGCUGCGGUUGAGAAUGCACUCGACUUCGCGGAUAAUUUGGGGAGAUUAUGCUACCAUAACAUAA